CAAAACAUUCGAAGGUCAAAAAACACAGAACAAAAAUGGUGGAGAUGUCUGCCGGACAAUCUCUGUUUCCGAUCUCUCUCUCCCCUGUUUUUCUCCUCCUCCUCUUCCUCCUCCUCCUCCCCGCCGCCGACUCCAUAGGUGUCAACUAUGGAACCAUGGGCGACAACCUCCCGCCGCCGGCCGCCGUCGCACAAUUCAUCAAGGAGAAAACCGUCAUCGACCGGAUCAAAAUAUUCGACGUCAACCCGGACAUUCUCCGGGCCUUCGCCGGCACCGGGAUUCUCGUCACCGUCACCGUCCCCAACGGCGAGAUCCUCCCGUUGACGGACCCCGGAUACGCCCGCCAAUGGGUGGCCGACAAAAUCAAGCCCUUCUACCCGGCCACGAAGAUCAAUAUUAUCGCCGUCGGUAACGAGGUCCUCCACUGGGGCACGCCGGAGAUGCAGAACAACCUUGUCGCCGCCAUGAGAACCUUAUACGGCGCUCUGAUUCAAUCCGGAAUUAACAAUAUUAAGGUUUCGAGCCCGCAUUCCCUUGGGAUUAUGUUGAGAUCCGACCCGCCGAGCAUGGGCCGGUUCAGGCCCGGUUGGGACGUCGGGAUCCUGGCGCCGAUGCUGAAAUUCCUCCGGGAGACAAAAGGCCCGUUUAUGGUGAACCCGUACCCGUAUUUCGGUUACAGCCCGAAAAAUGCGGAUCUGGCACUGUUCCGGCCGAACCGAGGCUACGUCGACCGGUUCACGAAGCGGACGUACGGAAACAUGUUCGACAUGCUCCUCGACGCCGUGUUCAUGGCGAUGCGGCGGCUGGGGUACGCGGACGUGGAGAUCGUCGCGGCGGAGACGGGGUGGGCCUCCGCCGGGGAGACGUACGAGCCGAAGUGCACGGUGGAGAACGCGGCGUCGUACAACGGAGGGCUGAUGCGGAAGUACGCCGCCGGCGCCGGAACGCCGCUGAUGCCGCGCGCGAGGAUCGAGACGUAUAUAUUCGCCCUGUUCAACGAGAACCAGAAACCCGGUUCGACGGCCGAGCGGAAUUUCGGGCUUUUCCGGCCGGAUUUCAGCCCGGUUUAUAGCAUUGGCAUAAUGAAGGGACAGCCGGUUCCGGCUUUGCCCCGACUGCGCCCACGUCCGCAGCCUCGUCCUAAGCCACAGCCGAGGCCGAGACCAGGAGGAACGAGCAAAUUCUGCGUGCCCAAACCCAAUGCAAAUGACGGGCAGCUCCAAGCAAACAUAAACUAUGUGUGCAGCCAAGGGGUGGAUUGCCACCCUAUCAAACCGGGAGGCUCGUGCUUCAACCCGAACAACGUCCGAGCUCAUGCCACGUACGUCAUGAACGCCUUUUAUCAGACAAAGGGCCGUCAUGACUUCCAGUGUGAUUUCUCUGGCACCGCCACCAUAGCCUCUUCCAUCCCUCAAGGGAACGGUACGUGCAAAUACCUCACCGCGAUCAAAGCUUGAAGGGCCAUUGUCGUCGUCUACCACACAUGCAUGCAUUGCAAGCCUACUGUUGAUUGCGAGAAACACGUAACAUAACCCCCUUUGUAGAGGCUCGGUGUACUAUUUAAUUCUUUAGCGGUGUCUGUAUGUAUGUAACAAUGUAGUAUUCGUUGACACCUUUUGCGGCUAAUUAAGUUUAUAGACCUCU